UUUCAACGUACUAACCCUGCGUGUGUGGUUUACGUUUCGAAGAAUACUACUGGACGGAGAACCUCGUCUAUCACCAUGCUAGCUGUUUGCGCUGCUCGCGGCUAAACGAGCAUCGGCGGUGAUGUACUCUUUCACGACGUCCUCUUUCACGAUGUGCUCUUUCACGACUUCCCAUAUGAGAAAAAAACAAUGUCCACAGUGGACCGCUGCUGUGAAAUGAAGUAACGUCAAGCCUUCGAUUAGCACUGCUCUUUACUCAAAACAUUUUCGUGACAGUGACUACCAUCAGAGUUUAUCGCUGAAGCGUAAUGGGAACACCGGCGAAACCUGCUCGACCAAGGCCUGGCGUGGUGCCGUCGAUCGUUUAUGAACGGAACGAAUCGCAGGAACCGAAAGCAGCAUUCUCGAAGAGGCCAGAACAUGAUAUUGUUAGACAGUUGCUCUCCGGAGACAUUACCACCGGCCGCACGCCAGGACCAAGUCAGUGUAGCAAAAGAGAUCAAGAUGACAUUGCAGUAGAGCCAGUACAUCAGGCAGCAGUGGGUCUGGCUUGUGAGUUGGGACAGGCUGUAGAAACAUCACCAGAGGCAGCAUGUGAAUUGAACCAUGUUGCAGAUAAAUCUUUUCAAGUGCGAAUACCAACCAGCCAGAAAGCAUCACAAGCAAAUGGAAUGAAAAUUCUGUCAUCAAUUGCUACACAAACAGAACCAAAUAUUGUUGCUUCAGGCUCCUUCUCUUUUGUGUCCUUGGAACGGUCUUCUUUCUUGGGAUGUGUACAAGGCCGACUUCAGUCCUGCCUGCAGUGCAGCUAUGUGACCCUGGACAAAUCGACUAUGGACAGGCACCUUCAGAAACACAUGGGCGAGCCCCCCUUACAGUGCCACUUGUGUCCAGCAACAUUCACGCACAAGUACAGGCUUGUGGAUCACGUGCGCACUCACACAGGAGAGCGCGUCUUCUGCUGUGUCCACUGCAAUGCGUCCUUUGCGGUGAAAAACAGCCUCGUGAGACAUAUCCGCAUACACACAGGAGAGCGGCCCUUUUCCUGUGCCCACUGCAAUGCAUGCUUUGCGGAGAAACACCACCUCGUGAGACACAUCCGUAGUGUCCACAAAAAAGAGCGGCCCUAUUCCUGUGUCCACUGCAAUGCAUCCUUUUCGAUAAAAGACAACCUCAUUGUCCACGUGCGCAUCCACACAGGAGAGCGCCCCUUCACCUGUCUCCACUGCAAUGCGUUCUUCCUGCAGAAAAGCAGCCUCGUGAGGCAUAUCCACAGGGUGCACACAGAAAAGCGGCCCUUUUCCUGUGUCCACUGCAAUGCAUCCUUUCUGCUGAGAAACGGCCUCACGAGACACAUCCGCGUCCAUUUUCCUGUGUCCACUGCAAUGCAUCCUUUGGGCAGAAAACCCAGCUCGUGAGACACAUCCGUAUCCACACAGGAGAGCGGCCCUUUUCCUGUGUCCACUGCAAUGCAUUUUUUUUUUUGAUAAAAGGCAACCUCAUUGACCACGUGCGCACCCACACAAAGAGCGCCCCUUCAACUGUGUCCACUGCAAUGCAUCCUUCGUGCAGGAAAGCAGCCUUGUGAGGCACAUCCGCGUGCACAACAAGAGAGCAGCCCUUUUGCUGUGUCCACUGCAAUGGGACCUUUCUGCUGGAAAACAGCCUCAUGAGACACAUCCAUGUCCAUACAGGAUAGCAACCAUUUUCCUGCGUUCACUGCAAUGCAUCUUUUUCACAAAAACACGACCUCACAGACCAUAUGGCCCAUCAUCAUGGAAACAAGAAGCCAUAAAGGUGAGGGGCAUACAGGCUUGUCUUAAAGGGCCAUUAAACAACCCCGAGGUCCAAAAUUUGUAGUCUAAACAUAACAGCACUUGUAUGACGUCAACAUGCUGCCACAAGAUUUUUGUGUGCAAGUGCUGUAAACAGUAUGUUACAUAGUAUAGAACAAUCCGCUUCGGCUGAUUCUGGUUUCUCGCUCAGCAUUCCAACUCUCAGCGAAGAGAUGUAGUUGUAGCUCACUGUCGGGACUACACCAACUUCGAUAAUGUAACACGACGUCAGCAAUUACGUCAUAGGCGCUCAGUAGAUGACCCAGCAAGGCUUCCUUUAUGUGUCACUUCUAUCAGAAUGGCUUGGUCAGGAAGUGCAAUGCGAGGAGUGCAAGGUGCUGGUGAGGUAAUCAAUAUGCCACCGUGCAUGCACCCAUCACGAAGCGCCUCUUGAUCUCUGAGACUUUCAUUCUGGCAUCAGUUGUCCUGGUAGUCCUAGCCCCAAUCGAAAUGGCAGAGGGCAGCACAGCAAAACAAAAAUGUGUACUGCGCAGCCAAAACUGCAACUCCUUAAGGCCAAGGCGCUGCUUCAUAGUGCAGAGAACCAGUCGACAAACUUGGUGCUGCAUAAGACUCCCCGUGGGCACUAUUACAUCACUUUGCGAGCGAAGAGGACUGGGCAGGCACUGGAGAGAGCUGUGUGAAUUGUUUUUUUUUAAUGGUGUGUCUGUGCGGUGCGCAGCACUGUAAUACUCGCAAAAUGUCAUCGCCGUGAGCAUCUGUAAGAAUUAGUAAACUUGUUUUGGUGGUGUAUAAAAAUGGGAGAGCCUGGUUACUGGCACUUCAACCCUGUCAGACGUCACCUAUGAAUUGUCUGUAAAGGCGUGAAAUUCACACAACGCUAUUUCAAGGCACUCGAUAUGCUAUUUUAACAAAAAUAAUGUCAUAAUACGUUGAUUUAUAUGUGUUAUAGUACUUCAUCUUAAUUAAAUUCUUAUUAACUAUCGAUUUAUCCUGAAGUCAUGCAUGCUCUGUUUUUGCAUGAAUAGAAUAAAAUCUCAGGCUAGAAAUACAGAGCAAAUUAGUUUUCGGCUAUGUUCAUUCUGAGCAAAAAAAAAUUUUUACUUUUGUCGCGAAUUGCAGUAAAUGGCACUUCGAACUACUGGUUGAACAUGGUAGGUCCUUCAACAAAGUGACUAUGUUUAACAGUAGACUGCAAAAUUAAGCUAAAUAAAGACAUUUAUUUUCGCAAGGGGUUCAUUAAAAAAUCAGUGUAUCUGGCACUUUCUUAGCCACUAGUCGGCACCACUAGCAAAAACAAGUGGUGUACACAAUUGUGUACAAAGCGUCUCAAAGGGUUAAAGAAGGGGAGAUGUGGCAGGGAGGUCAGAGUUUGUUGAGUAGCGGUGACAGUGAAAGCUUGGUUUAAGGUUGGGAAAGAUGCUUAGUUUGGCAACUUGCAAGGGAGACAGGAGUAGUAAGAAAAGCCGAGCUAGUUGGCAUGAAUGCAUUGUGUGAGAGUGCAAAUAAUCAAAGGAUCAAAGUACCAGCUGAUGACACAGGACCAGUUGAUGCAGUACGUUAAGGAAACUGUCACUCAAGACAAUGAUGAAGUUGCCUUCAGAAAUUUUUGCGGGAUGCCUGUCAAAUCGUUUUUGGAAUUACUUGUUUUUUUUUACCUUUGCCACACAUUUGUCGGUUUUAACGGUCAAAUGUUCAUUCAGAAGUCAGGAGUUUCCUUUGGUUCAAAGGUUGCUCCCAUUUUAAGUUCCCUUUUCUUAGCUAAAUUAGACCAGAAAGUUGAAGAGAAGCUACCUGGUAGCAUAAAAAGAAUAUUCCUUUUCACUGACGAUUGUUUGGCUCUUGGCAGCUGUUCGCAGUUGGACGCCUUCAAAGGUACAGUUCUAUCUUGCUUCAAGAAGCAUGGUAAUCGUUUGAAUUUUACAUGUGAACUGCUUACGGGUAACAAACUGCAGUUUUUAGACUUGACCUUAUCUUUUGAUCUGACCACGCGUGUUACAUGUAUGCAGCAAGAUCUGAACAACCAAUUUUGAAUUUCAGAUCUUCCCAUAGAAAACUAGUUAAGAACAGCAUUGCUUUUUCCUGUUUUAAGUCUGCACUAUUGAAGACAUGCUGUCACUUGAUGUCUUGAAGGCCAUGUUCCUUGAUUGAUGCAAGCAGGUUCCCGUCCUCGUCAUUGCUCGCAACUUGCAAGAGAGCAGUCAAAUAUUUUAAAUCACCAACUGAAUUUAAAAAAAGCUUGUGAACCAGAGAAGACGAAAAUAGCUGUCAUCUCAUACUUCCAUAGCCUCUCACAUCACCUAAAAAGG